AUGGAGGGACAGCAUCCCGACAGUGGCCUUCAUCUCAAAUCUGUUCCCACUGAUGCUUCUGCAAGAGGCUCUGCUGCAGCCUCUACCGCCCGAGACAUGGUGUUUGGCCCGAGCACCAAGUCUAAGAGUGUACCCCUUCCCAAGUUGCUCGCUGAGCUUGCGGCACUUCAGAGGGUUGUUGUGAGCUCCAAUAGUUCCGCUCACAGAGGGCUGGCUGGGAAUCUCCAGGAUGAGAGACCUGGAAGUGCUGGCAGGUGGAGCCCGGUGUCAGAUGGGAGUGAGGCCUGGCUUACUUGUGACGAAGACCUCUACUACAGCGAGGACGAGAUUGAGGAGGAGCUGGCGAGGCAAAGCCCCAUGGAGAUGCCUGUUCCAGAACAGGACCGAUGCAGCUUUGGGCCACCCGUUGCCAUUUUAACUCACUGCGAGAAGGAAUGGAAAGGGCAGACCACCGAAAGCACGGUCAUUAGAAAAGGCUACGCUGUGCUCUCCCAGGACUUUGGAUUCUUCCGCCGGGGAAGGGAAGACCACUACUGUGCCCUGAGAGCCUCCCUGUACCAGACGCUGGUGAGCUCUGCCCAGCUUCCCGACUGGCUGCAGCGGGAGAGUUUCUUAUUGAUCCCCGAAAAGCUUCAGUCUCGCUACGGUCUGAUUGAAGGCUGGUCGUUUCCCGACGUGUGCAAGCAGACGAGCGGGAUCAAAGACGACGUGGAUCUUUUGAGACACUACCUGAGCCUUCUCCAGAAAUGGUGGCGUGCAGCAGCAGCCUCUCCUGGGCUCGAGGGACGCAGACGUGUGUGCGAUCAGCUCUUCCAGGGCGGAGAGGACGAGUUUGGUGUCAUGGAGGCGCUCAAGCUCCUGAUGCUAACAUGCGCCGUGGAAUUGCACGACAUCAUGCAGAGAGGCAGAGACGUGCCAAUAUUCUGCUGGCUGCUAUUCUCCCGCUACACCUCCUCGUGCCCGCGCACGUUCCUGGCCAACCACCUGAGCCGGGUUGGCUUCAGUGGAGGCAUGGAGCAGGUGGAGAUGUGUCUCCUGGGUUACACACUGCACCGCACCAUCAAGGUGUACCGCCUCUACAUGGCCAACAUGAAGGACUUCAUUGUCACUCAUUACCCGGACAAUCACAUUCAGGACUGGCCCUCUGUCUGCCUGGUAACCGAGGAUGGCCGCCAUUACGACGUGGCUGUUGGCGAUCCCGUCUGUCUUCGGGAGGACUUUUCUGGUGGACCUCACUGA